AUGGGAUCCGUAGCCGCGCCAAAGACCUUCACCCGUGAUCAGGUCAAGAAGGAGGGAAACACAGAGGACCAAGUGCUGUUUAUCAUCGACAGCAAAGUCUACGAUGUCUCCGACUUCCUCGAUGCCCACCCUGGCGGCGAGGCCGUGCUGCGCCAGGUCGCUGGCACGGACGCCACCGAUGCCUUCUACAAUCUCCACCGUCACGAAGUCUUGACUGGCAAGUAUGCCGAGCUGGCCGUCGGUACUAUCGAAGGCGAGAAGCCCCAGGUAGUCAACCCAGGCCCGGGGGAGCUUUCCAAGGUCCCUUAUGCCGAACCACUUUGGUUGUCCGAACCCUUCAAGAACCCGUACUACAACGACAGUCAUCGGAGGCUGCAGAAGGCCAUCAGGAAAUUCACCGAUCUGCACGUCACUCCCGAGGCACAGGCGAAAGAGAAGGAUGGCACAUAUAUCAGCCAAGAGCUCAUCGAUCUCAUGUCCAAAGAAGGCGUUCUUCACAUGCGCCUCGGGCCUGGCAAGCACCUUCAGUCCGCGCCCUCACUGCUGGGUGGUGCGGUAAAGCCGGAGGAAUUCGACUAUUUCCACGAUCUCAUCAUUGGCCAGGAACUGGUACGGUCGUCAGCUAGAGGCUUCCAAGAUGGGAACAUGGCAGGAAUGACUAUCGGGUUGACAGCUGUUCUCAACUUCGCCAACGACGAGGCUUUCAAGAAGAAGAUUGCGGAUGAGGUGUUCAGUGGCAAGAAGAAGAUUUGUCUGGCAAUCACUGAGGCUUUCGCGGGUAGUGAUGUCGCCCGUCUGAGGACGACCGCGAAGAAGACGCCUGACGGCAAGCACUACAUUGUGAACGGAACCAAGAAGUGGAUCACCAAUGGUGUCUUUAGCGAUUACUUCGUUACUGGCGUGCAGACCGACAAGGGUCUGAGCGUUCUGCUCAUCGAGAGAGGCGAGGGCGUCGAGACCAAGCUGAUCAAGACGAGCUACUCUACUGCUGCCGGAACGACCUUUAUCACCUUCGACAAUGUCAAGGUGCCGGUGGAGAACCUGCUUGGCAAGGAGAACCAGGGUAUCUAUGUGAUUCUCAGCAACUUUAACCACGAGCGUUGGACUAUGUGCUGCGGUACCGUACGAUACUCACGGACCAUUGUUGAAGAGAGUCUCAAGUGGGCGCACCAGAGAUUAGUUUUUGGCAAGCGGCUCAUCGACCAGCCGGUCAUUCGUCUCAAGUUGGCCAAGAUGAUCGCCCUGGUCGAAGCUCAUCAGUCGUGGCUGGAAACCAUCACCUACCAGAUGUGCAACAUGCCUUACUCUCAACAGUCCAAGCACCUUGGUGGACCGAUCGGCUUGCUCAAGAUGAGCGUUACGCGGAUGGCCCACGAGAUUGCUGAUGAAUCAGUGCAGAUCUGGGGUGGGCGAGGGCUGACACAGUCAGGUAUGGGCAGGACAAUUGAGAACUUCAACCGAGGGUACAAGUUUGAUGCCAUUCUGGGAGGCGCAGAAGAGGUCUUGGGCGACCUCGGUGUUCGGCAGGCCAUGAAGUUCUUUCCAAAAGAGCGAUUGUAA